CACUAUUUGGGGGAGAUAUUGAAUAUUAUGAAUUAGUCUUAUUAAUUACUCACAAUAUAAAGUAUAACAUAGUGCUUCAUACUGUUUACAGAGAGAGGAUUUCUCAUGAAAUUUAAGAAGAUAAAUCUUACUAUAUGACAUCUGAGUUUUAUCCGGUAUGGAACAUUUUAUCACAUGAUGAUGAUGGAACGGAUUUUAGUGAACCAGGUUUUGAAUUUAAUGAAUCAGAUGAUGAGCUUUUGGGAGAAUUUACGCAAGAAUUUCUGGAAGACGAGGAGCUACUAAUUGGGGAUCUCUCGCAAGGUUUUGCAGAAGCAACACAGGUGUUUAAAAAUCUUCCCCUUUAUUAUCAAGUGGGUUCGGGAUUUGAGAAUCAGCCAGGACCUUUUAGUGGAGGAUCAGUGUUUGUGGAAGGUGUACCGGAUUAUUUAAUUUAUAAUUAU